GGCUUAAGAGCAGGUCUCGCGAGAGUUCGCCCUCUUCCUCGGCCGUCGCUGUCUGAGAUAGGCCAUGUUCAGUAGCAGCGCCAAAAUCGUGAAGCCUAAUGGCGAAAAGCCGGACGAAUUUGAGUCUGGCAUUUCACAGGCUCUCCUGGAAUUGGAGAUGAACUCUGAUCUGAAGGCUCAGUUGCGGGAGCUGAAUAUCACUGCUGCUAAGGAAAUUGAGGUUGCUUCUGGCAGAAAAGCAAUCAUCAUCUUUGUUCCAGUGCCCCAGCUGAAGUCGUUCCAGAAGAUCCAGGUGCGACUUGUCAGGGAAUUGGAAAAGAAAUUCAGUGGCAAGCAUGUUGUGUUCAUUGCACAGAGAAGGAUUCUGCCAAGACCAACCAGGCGAAGCCGUUUAAAGUGUAAGCAGCGACGUCCCAGAAGCCGCACAUUGACUGCAGUGCAUGAUGCCAUCCUUGAAGAUCUGGUUUUCCCUAGUGAGAUUGUGGGCAAGAGAAUUCGUGUCAAACUGGAUGGUACAAGGCUCAUCAAGGUCCACUUGGACAAGGCACAGCAGAACAAUGUCGAGCACAAAGUUGAUACAUUCUCUGCAGUCUACAAGAAACUAACUGGCAAAGAUGUUGUUUAUGAAUUUCCAGAGUUCCAACUGUAAAGUCUAUGCAAUGGCUGAAUAAAGUGUUUUAGACAUGUCUUCA